AUUUAAGGUUACUGGUCGUUUACUUUCGAUAUUAACAGCUUUGGACCUGAUAGCUGAAGCAUACUGUUUUUUGUGCUCGCAACUAAAUCAACUAAAAUGAGAGCAAUCAUCACUUUCGCCCUGUUCUGUGUGCUGUACAUCACUGUACAAGCUAAAACAUCCAGUCCCAAGGUCCAGGUGUACAGCCAUUUUCCUGGAGAGUAUGGAAAGGAGAACACCCUAAUCUGCCAUGUGAGUGGCUUCCAUCCUCCUGAUAUCUCCAUUGAACUGCUGAAGAAUGGCGAGAUUCUCCCUAAUGCCCAGCAGACUGACCUGGCCUUCGAAAAGGGCUGGCAGUUUCACCUCACCAAGAGUGUCAGAUUCACACCCGAGAGAGGACAAGAUUACGCCUGCAAAGUUCGACACAUGACCAACACAAAUACCUAUUCUUGGGAGCCCAACAUGUAAAUCUAAAACAGUCAAAGUCGGACAAAGGAAAGUUAAUUUCUCAUGUUUUGGACUUUUUCCAUCAUCUCCAUAAUAUCCUGCUGUUCCAAUUUUACAUACCCGAUUUGCUCAAGAUGCACUAUUUACACAAAUGAUUUGUAACUUCCAUGAUGCAUUGAUUUUAGCUUUUCCUUAAGUUGACAUUCUUUUUCUCCAUGAUAGUAAGCAUAAUUUAACUAAAGUAGCUGCUACAUGUUUUGGAUCGUUUUCCGGGUUCUUUUCACUGUUUCAUUCCUCUGUGCAUGUGUAAAUUCUGUGUAGUAUGCCUACAAGCGGUAGCAGUUAGGCAAUUGUAUAGGUAAAAAAAAAUAUUUGGCAAUGUUUAUACCUAAUUUGAGGCUUUAUUUUGUAAUUAAAUACAAAUAACACAAUCAAUUCUCUCUUUAAAACAGUUAAGACUGCAAACAAGGUAUUUAAUGAAUAUGAAUGAUUCAAUUUGACACAUUAUUUCAGAGAAAAUGUAAUUCUAAGUGGGUAAAAAUAAAAAAAAAUUGAAAACCUAA